AUGACGCAUCUCAACAAGAAACAGAGGUUGGAGAAUCUCACGGUGAACCACUUGGACGACUUACACGACGAUCUCGUCAUCACUAUCCUCCGCAAACUCAGUUCCUCCGCUUCUUCUCCCGCCGAUUUCCUCAGCGUUCUCAUCACAUGCAAGAGAUUGAAUCGAUUGGGUUUACACCCUCUGGUUUUAUCCAGAGCCGGCACUCAAACCCUAGCCGUCACGGCGGAUAAAUGGUCUGAUUCCGCUCACAAGUUCCUCAAACGCUGCGUUAAUGCCGGAAACAUUGAUGCUUGCUUCGCUCUCGGGAUGAUCCGAUUUUACUGUCUUCAAAACCCAGUGAGCGGCGCGUCUCUGAUGGCUAGAGCCGCGAUUAAAUCUCACGCGCCGGCACUGUACUCGCUGUCGGUGAUUCAGUUUAACGGAAGCGGCGGUACCAAAUCCGAUAAGAAUCUACGCGCCGGCGUCGCUCUCUGCGCACGCUCUGCUUAUCUCGGCCACGUGGACGCUCUACGAGAGCUCGGUCACUGCCUCCAAGACGGUUACGGAGUUCCUCGCGACGUCUCCGAAGGUCGUCGGCUUUUGAUUCAAGCCAACGCCAGAGAGCUCGCGUGUUCUCUACGCGCUUACCUCUCUCUCAAAACCGGAAACGAAACGGUAACCGAUCUCGCUUCCUGCGGCGGCGGCGGAGGAAUAAUACCGGUUCAAGAGAUUCACCCAGUAAACCGGUUUUUGAAGGAUUGGUUUGAUUCGGGUCGGAUCGUUUUAGCGGAAGGGCUUAGGAUGUGUUCUCACGGCGGAUGCGGUAGGCCGGAGACUCGGUCGCAUGAGUUCCGGCGAUGUUCCGUUUGUGGGAAAGUGAACUAUUGCUCUAGAGGAUGUCAGGCGUUGGAUUGGAGAGCGAAGCAUAAGAUGGAAUGUACGCCGUUAGAUUUGUGGGUUGCCGCUGCUGCGGCGGUGGAGUUUGGUGAUGGUGACGGUGAAGCGGUGGCGAUUGAGAAUCAUGCAGCCCGGUAA